CAAGAAAUGAGCAGCGACUGAUACAAAACCGUGCGGGUGUUACCGGCUCCCUGUAGGUCCAAUUCUGCACUAGCAGAAGUUGCCUACUACUGUAAAGAAUCUUGAGCAGCAGCGGACUACUAAAUUAAAAUAGGCAAACUGAUUAGCUUGCAGUGUUUUGGGUACUGCUUCUUGAUCUGCCUUCAUUGAUGAACACCAUCACUGGGACCACUUCUUCCAUAAAGGACCUGUUGAAGAGCUUGAGAGAUUUGAUGAGUGCCCCUGCAUCCUUUCUAGAGAAUCCUGGAUGGGAUUACAUCAGAUCAUCAGUACUGCCCACUCAGUGAGGACCUGCUGUCUUACAUCUCCUUGACAUCUGUACUUUCUAUCUAGAGGUGUUUACCCAUGGUAUUUGUCAGCAUACUGUAGGAACUUCUUUGCUCUUCAAAGCCAAGAGUGGAAUUGUGAAGCACUGUCAUUUGCCGUUUCAGUUUUUAAGUGAACAUUUAUGAGUUUUGCCAAACUUCGUUGGGUUAUUGGAACGAUUAACAUAAUGUGAUAAACAGAUCAGUUUUAUAUGUACUCCAGAUUUUCAAAAUAUCAUCUGCUAAACACUGAACUGCAAAUUGUUACAGUAGUACUGAUGCAACAAUGCGUGUCGUUGUGAUCGGUGCAGGAGUCAUUGGUCUUUCCUCUGCACUUGCCAUAUAUGAUCAGUAUCACACAACUGUCAGGCCUCUGGAGAUUGUGAUCUAUGCUGAUAAAUUCACACCUCUUACCACAAGCGAUGGGGCAGCUGGAUUCUGGCAACCUUACUUAGAUGACAACGGGAAUACCCAGGAAACGCAAUGGACCAAACAAACAUUUGAUUACUUGUUGGAACAUGUACAUUCAGUAGAAGCUGAUGAAAUGGGAUUGUUUCUGCAGUCUGGGUACAAUCUUUUUAAGGGGCGAGCACAGGAUCCAUCUUGGAGAGACAUUGUGCUUGGAUUUAGAUACCUGACACCCCAGGAGCUGAAACUCUUUCCAGAGUACAGCUAUGGUUGGUUUAAUACUAGUCUGAUGAUAGAGGGCAAAAGCUACUUACCAUGGCUCAUGGAAAGGUUAAAAGAAAGAGGAGUAAAAUUUGCUUUAAGAAAAAUCAACUCAUUUGAGCAGGUUAUCCAAGAAGGUGCAGACAUUAUAUUAAACUGCACAGGAGUAUACGCAGGCAAGCUGACAGCUGACCCAGAGAUCAGACCUGGAAGAGGACAAAUCUUAAAGGUUUUUGCACCUUGGCUGAGACAUUUUAUCGUGACAAAUGAUCUAGAUUCCGGAGUAUACACAACACCAUACAUUCUGCCAGGGAGCAGUACAGUUACUUUAGGAGGGAUCUUUCAGCUGGACAACUGGAGUGAAACAACAAACUCUGAAGACAACAGCAAUAUUUGGGAGCAGUGCUGCAAGCUGGUUCCAAGACUAAAGAAUGCUAAGAUAAUGAGUGAAUGGGCAGGUCUUCGUCCUGUACGCAAGACAGUUCGUUUAGAGAGGGAAACAAUAAAUUAUGGAUCCUUAAAAGCAGAGGUGAUACAUAAUUAUGGCCAUGGUGGGUUUGGCUUAACCAUUCACUGGGGUUGUGCAAAGGAGGUAGCCAAAAUCUUUGGAAAAAUUGUGGAGCAGAAAAAGCAGAGAAGACCACCCCAAUCUCACCUGUAGGCUCUCAUAAAAGUGCAAGUUGCAGAUCAGUUAUAGCAGGCAGCUCAUGUGGACUUUGUGUUAGAGCUGUGGAGUAAUUCAUAUCAUGAUUGAGAGGAGAUGCAUGUGUGAAAAUACAGAGCAAACGAGUUUCAUCAAGGCUACCAGUGUUAAUUACCAUCAUAUUCAUUUCAAGCUUCAGUAAAUGGCCUGCCUCACUUCCUCACUUAUUAAACUUGAGCAGACAAUGUGAAUUUAGCAUGCUUAUUGACUCUUCUUGAUCUAUGGACCAUUUUAUCAUCCAGUUAUGAUUUCAACAGUUGUAUACAAAAUGUUUUAAUGUUUUUUUUUUUGCUAUGAAUUUGGCCACCUGACUGCAACAAACUUCAGUUUAGGUAAAGUCAGUGAGGAUUCCCAUGCAGCACUAUUUAUGUUUCAAGUACUGAUAAUUAAAAAUGUUUAAUGCAACAUAUAAAAAGAGAUACUUCCAAUUAUACAAAUUGCAUCAACACAUAAUAGCUUUAACAUCUGAAGGAUUUUUUUGUGAUAGCCAUUAUGGGAAAGAUAUCUUGGCUAAAAGUCCACUUUUGUGUGCUGUCACUGGACACUGACAAUAUAAGUUAAAGUCUGCUGGAAUUUACUGUGUAUAUAUUUACAAAUAUUUUCUGAAUUCAAUUAUUUAAUCCAGAUUUUAUGGCACUCAUUUAUAUGCAUCAUCCUUCUGUAACAGCAGUGUUAUUUUCCCAAUUAGUCUAUGUUACACAAAUACAAUGUAGUCACAGUCCUUGUAAAACCUAAAAAGCAUGCCUAGAUGCAUUGUUAUAAUAUUGUUUUGUUAUUAAAUAUACACACGAACCUGAA